UGCUCUCAUAUGUGUCAUAUGAAGCCACACCUCACAACCUUGCCUUCCCUACCCAGGUCAAAUAUGUAAAAAGGGAAGAGCAGUAAACUGUAUGUUAUUCUCAUUCAACCUCUUAAUCACAUCUCACACCGCUCAAACCAAGAGUAAACCAUGGCUUACACCGCAAAGUCCUAUAGUAAAACCCAAACGGCUACCAGUUCUUCCAGAGUAGUGGUGGAAGACAAUAAGAAGAAGACUUCAUUGUUGAAGGACAAUAGCUGGAUCAAGAAAAAUGUGGAUGAGGACGAGAAAGUCGAAGCGGAUUCAAAUUUUGGCAGAACUGCUCUGAGUCGUUACAAGUCCAAGGAAAACAUUGAAAGUUCUACAGGUACAACUACCAAAGCCGAGAGCAAAACCACCACGGUUACUACAUCAGGUUCCACUGUCCAAGCCCUCUCUAAAAGAUUUGGUGGAAGCCAGGACGCGCUGAAUGAAACCAGAACCACAACAACUAGAUCCGUGAGAACACAACCCAGGAGCAGCAUUACAUCAACAACAACAGUCAAAGAUGGUGCAAAGAUAACUGAGACUGUCACAACAACCAGGAGAGCAUCAUCUAACAAAUUAGAAAGCGACCUGUCUAGCAUUAAGUCUGAAGUUACUACUGUAAAGUCAUCAAAGGACAUCAUUGAUGGACCAACUUCAACUGUCAAAACCACAACAAGCACCAAGACCUACGCAUCAGGAGAUGUUUCACCAACUAAAACAACAUCCUAUUCCUCCAGAUCCACAAAGAGCACUGAUGAUCAGCUGUUUGACACGCUCAUACCAACAUCAGUCAAGGCAUCCAACAGUGACUACAAGUCUGAAGUCAUUACUGUGAAGUCAUCAAAGGAUACCUUGGUUGGACCAUCCUCAUCUGUCAAGACCACCACAAGGACCUACACAUCAGGAGAAGUUUCACCAACUAAAACAACCUCCUAUUCCUCCAGAUCCCUAAAGAGCACUGAUGAUCAGCUGUUUGACACGCUCAUACCAACAUCAGUCAAGGCAUCCAAUAGUGACUACAAGUCUGAAGUCACUACUGUGAAGUCAUCAAAGGAUACCUUGGUUGGACCAUCCUCAUCUGUCAAGACCACCACAAGGACCUACACAUCAGGAGAAGUUUCACCAACUAAAACAACCUCCUAUUCCUCCAGAUCCCUAAAGAGCACUGAUGAUCAGUUUGACACGCUCAUACCAACAUCAGUCAAGGCAUCCAAUAGUGACUACAAGUCUGAAGUCAUUACUGUGCAGUCAUCAAAGGAUACCUUUGUUGGACCAACCUCAUCUGUCAAGACCACCACAAGCACCAAGACCUACACAUCAGGAGAAGUUUCACCAACUAAAACAACAUCUUACUCCGUCCAAACCACAAAAAGCGACUACAAGCCUGAAGUCACUACUGUGAACUCAUUGAUAGACUUCAGUGAUGGACCAACAUCAUCUGUCAAAACCACCAGAAGCGUGAGGACUUACUCAACUGAGGAUCUUUCACCUGUUAAAACAACAUCAUACUCUCUCAAAUCCGCAAAGAGUACCGAGGAUCUGCUGUUUGACACGCUCAUACCAACAUCAAUGAAGACAACCAACACAAGCUCUACCACCAGUCGCGAGGAUCAAGACUUCACGGUGUCUAAAUCCAUUAGGACAGUGUAUUCAUCGUCAAGUGAUCGAAGUGACUGGGGAAGUACUACGAGUGUUACGAGUCCCUCUUAUACGUCAAGGACAUCAUACACAGAUAUCAGGCCUAUCGAUUAUCUCUCCGACACUGUUACAUCCAAAUCCUCCACAACAGUUUACACAUCACCUGAGAGGAGAGUAAGUGAGAAGGACCUUUGCACAUACUGCCGUAAAAACAUGUACACAGAUGAAAAGAUUAUCCUGGAUGAAAUGAAUAUAAACUGCCAUGCAAGUUGUUUCAAGUGUGAAGUGUGCAACACUUCUCUUGGUCACCUGAAGGCCGGGGACAAUCUGUGGGUUUACCGCAGUGCUGUUCAUUGUGAGAGCUGCUUUAAUGUUACUAAGGGCAAGUGGCACCGUUGAAACUACAUUUACCAGUCAUGGACAGAAGUGACACUAAAUUAAAACACAACAAAUUGGACAUUUAAUAUAUAUAAAAGAACUUUUGGUGGUGGUUCCUGUCAAAUAAUAAAUAAUAAUGAAGGGUUUGCGAUGAUAUCAAUCAUUCCCUGGGGAUGUGACAUGUAUCUUAUAAGAAUAAUAUUUAAAAAAAACAAGAAGGAUUUUUCUCAUUAGGUUAUGUGUGAUCAUGUAUUCAAUUGUAUUGUUUGGAUCUUGUUAAGUGUCAUUCCAAAGUAUAGUUGGGUUAUACCUGUUCUGCAGUACUUUUUGAACUCUGUAACGUAAAAGCAAAAACUAAUAUGCUUUUGUUGUGUUGAAAGGGAUGCAGCCUUAGAAAUAUCUUGAUAAUUUUAGGUACUGAAACAUUUAAGAAAAUAUUUAUCUUGGGAAUAUCAUAGAACAGGAUGGAAAUAAACUGAUAAAAUGUGCCAUUGCUUUAUGAAGGAACAUAAUUUUUAAUUGAUUUUAAUAUUUUUUAUAAUAUUGAUAUUUUUGUUUGGAUGUAAUGUUUUAGAGUAAGACAAAUUAACCAAAACCACAAAGCAUCACAGAAUUCAUCAAAUGCACUGCUCAUAGAUGCUUAUUUUUGUAUUGUUGUUUACUAAAGCUGUACAACAUUCAGGGUGUGCUCAUACCAAAUAUUUACACUUAUGUUAUAUAUAGUCAUAUUACUGUGAUAAAUAUCACCAGUCUA